AUGGAGUUAUGCAUUUCCAGAGGAGCAGCAGCUUUGCUCGUUAUUUGCUCAGGUUUUAGUCUCCUGUGUGUCUGCAGAGGUGAAGUCCCUCCUAAACCUACCGGAGUUGUUACUAUUGUUCCCCCUAUUAAGCCUGAUAAUGGACCCCAGGCCUAUCCAGAGGCUGAGAAAGCUAAUUUACCAGUGUUUACUAUGAACUAUCCAAGAAUACAGAUCCCCUUUGAGAUCACUCUGUGGAUGCUGCUGGCUUCAUUCGCCAAAAUUGGUUUCCAUGUGUACCAUAAGAUCACCAUCUGGGUGCCGGAGUCGUGCCUCCUCAUCAGCAUCGGUCUGAUAGUGGGUGCCAUCAUGCACUCCGUCCACGAGGAGCCCCCCGCCGUGCUCACCAGCAACGUCUUCUUCCUCUACAUGCUGCCCCCCAUCGUCCUCGACUCCGGCUACUUCAUGCCCACCAGGCCUUUCUUUGAGAACAUUGGCACGGUGCUGUGGUUUGCGGUGGUGGGUACUCUGUGGAACAGCGUCGGCAUCGGCAUGUCUCUGUUUGCCAUUUGCCAGAUCGAGGCGUUCGGCGUGCAGGACAUCAACCUGCAGGAGAACCUGCUGUUUGCCAGCAUCAUCUCGGCCGUGGACCCCGUGGCCGUGCUGAACGUGUUUGAGGACGUGAACGUGAACGAGCAGCUCUACAUCGUGGUGUUCGGAGAGUGCCUCUUCAACGACGCCGUCACUGUGGUGCUGUACAACAUGUUCAGCUUCGUGGCGGAGAUGCCGGUGGUGGAGCCCGUGGACGUGUUUCUGGGAGUGGCGCGGUUCUUCGUGGUGGGGCUCGGUGGGAUGGGCUUCGGCAUCCUGUUCGGCUUCGUGGCCGCCUUCACCACGAGAUUCACCUCCAAGGUUCGGGAAAUCGAGCCGCUGUUCAUAUUCAUGUACAGCUACCUGGCUUAUCUGGUCGCCGAGCUCUUUUCCAUCUCGUCCAUCAUGGCCAUCGUGACCUGCGCCCUCACCAUGAAGUACUACGUGGAGGAAAACGUCUCCCAGCGUUCCUGCACAACCAUCAGACACGUUGUCAAGAUGCUCGGCGCCAUCUCAGAGACCCUCAUCUUCUUCUUCCUGGGAGUCGUCACCAUAACAACGGAGCACGAGUGGAACUGGGGCUACAUCCUCUUCACGCUGCUGUUUGCUUUUGUUUGGAGAGGUCUGGGUGUCUUGGUGCUGACUCAGAUCAUUAACCCUUUCCGCACCAUCCCAUUCAACCUGAAAGAUCAGUUUGGUUUGGCCUACGGAGGCCUGCGAGGGGCAAUUUCGUUCGCCUUGGCCUUCACACUUCCUGACAACAUCGGCCGCAAGCAGCUGUUCGUCACCGCCACCAUCGCUAUCAUCCUCUUCACGGUUUUUCUUCAGGGCAUCAGUAUCCGACCUCUGAUUGAGUUCAUCAACGUCCGCAGAACCAACCGCAACCUGGGCACCAUCAACGUGGAGAUUCACUGCAGGCUGAUGGAGCACACCAUCGCAGGAAUAGAGGAUCUCUGUGGACAGUGGAGCCACUUCUACUGGAAGGACAAGUUUAUGAAGUUCAACAAUCGCAUCCUGCGUAGGAUCCUCAUCAGAGACAGCCGGGCUGAGUCCAGCAUCGUGGCGCUGUACAAGAAGCUGGAGCUGCAGAACGCCAUGGAGAUCCUGGACACGGUGUCUGGAGACAUCAGUGCUGCUCCGUCCAUCGUCUCUCUCUACGAGGAAAAGAAAAGUUCUGCUAAACCUAAGAAGAAGUUCUUGGCUGCUGAUCUGAGGAACAUGCACGACAUCCUGUCCAAGAACAUGUACAAGAUCCGGCAAAGGACGGUGGCGUACACAAAUAAGCACGCGCUGCCCAACGACAGCCAGACUAAAGAGAUCCUGAUCAGACGCCACGCCAGCAUCCGACGGAGCCUCCGACCGGGCAGCUUUCAGUCAACGAUGGUGCCCAAGUCACACAAAUACUUCUCCCUUCCUCCUGGACAGAGUCUGGAUCUAAAAUUUCCUCCUGGCAGGCUGAGCUACACAGAUGAUCAUGAAACCUUGUCAGAGGUCGCCUACCCGACCCGGCGCUCUCGGUCCAGCCGGCCCGCUCGCUCCUCCUCUAGAGCCAUGAUGCCUCUGCGCCGGCUGGACACCCUGACAGAAGCUCCCUCUGUGGACGCUGUGGGUGACGGUGGGAGGACGGAUCACGGCGUGUCCAGGACAGACUCCUCCUACAGCGACUCCCACGCUGCUCCUCGCCGUCACAUAAACUCCUCUGAUGAUCAGGACAGCGGCUCGGUGGAUAACUUAAGAAAUAAUCAUCACGAAGCACAAGAGGAAGAGGAGCAGCCUUCGUCUUCAUCUCCCGUCUGGGCUGCUGAACCCAGAGACGGCACGACUAGAAACCCUCUGCUCAGGAGGCCUCAGUGGAACCCCAAGAAGAAGUAAAAGGCUUCCUGGGCUUUCAGCAGCAGCUGGUCUGCCACCGAGUCUCUCUACAUUCAAACCACUUUAAGGCCACGUGAGCUAACUCUGGAGGGCCUCAUUUCUUAUUAGAAGUGAACCAAACUUCAAAGUAAACCACAGAGGACAUGAAGAAGAAGAGGAGGCACAUCAGAAGGUACUGUACGUGAAUGUGAUUUAAAAUGCUUUUAUCUUCCUGUAGGAGCUUUUUUAACAUUUGAAGGUCAUGCUAAUGAAACUAUUUUAUUGUGAAACGGUAAUGUUUUGUUGCUUACGUGUAAAUAUGAUAGUUUUUCUGUAUUUUAUUACCUGUAAUGUGUAACAGUUAAACGACAUGCUGUUGCUAUGCAGCACAAAGUUCAGUAACUGGAGGCUUUCUGAAUGUCUGUGACUCUGCUGGACCCUCUGGCCAACUUCUGUUGUUAUUUCCGUUUCUGUAAUAAAUUUUCUAUGUUG